UAGUGUUUUCGUAAAUUUUAGUAUUUAUAUGUUAUGAAUUUCUUCGUCUUUUUUUUUUUGUUUUAAGAGAUUACAACUUUCGAUUGUGCUACAUGAUUUAUUUGCUGUUUAGGAGUUCAAAGCCACUGGUGAUAUGAAAAUUUAAACAUCUUUUGAGUUUUCUUAUUUGUUAGGUGCAUGAGAUCAUGCUGGGGUUGGAACACAACUGUGGUUAGUAUAAUAAAAAGAUUCAUAUGUCUCAAAAACAGAGGAAAAGCAAUGUGUAGUUUGGUUGAAGAACAGAGGAGUUUUAUCUUUCGCGAUUAUGGCUUCCUAAAUAGUCUACGUACGUAUGUUGGUCUGCGAUCAGAAGCGAACCUUCACAUACAAAAUGCAAUGCGCAUACUCAAAAAUGUCAUAUUGAUUGGAUUACAACUACUGAUAAAGUCGAACAACUUUUGUUGUUUUGCUAAAUCAAAAACAAAACCAGAGGUCCUUAAACUUGCUGGUAAUAGACUUCUCUUCGUGAAUGGUCUUGAUUGGGUUCGUCAUAGACGAAUCUUAAACCCUACAUUCUCCAUGGAAAAAAAUGAAGGUUUUCUUUUCUUCCCUUCAAUUGUUCCUUCUCAUGUCGAUUAGAAUACAUAAAACAGUAGCACUUUUUGCUAUUUUUGAUUCUGAUACGACACUAUCACAGUGUUCUUUUGCCGUAGCUGAAACCUGCAUCACAAACUGCUAUACUU